AUGAAGAGAUGCGGAGAUUACAGUGACGAUUACAUCCAUUUCAUCUUCUCUCAGCAACCUCCGGAAGAAGUUGACCCUUUCAUAAACUACGUCAAGAAAGUGAAAGCCCGGUUUCAACAUGACCAGCCUGAGAAAAAAAUCCGCAGCCUUAUCAGGAUCGCGGAAGAUGCCAUGAUUUCAGACGCUGCGCGUGAUGGUGUCGUGGCAGGGAGGCCUCAAGAUUUCCAAGAACGAAUUAAGGCAAUCCUUGGAGGUUAUAAUGACUUGAUUGAUGGGUACAACUCAUUAAUGCCGCCUUGCCAUCAAAUCAGCCUUGAUGAUGUGGAGAAGAAGGAAGCUGAGGAGGGUAAGAAAAUUGGAUUUCUAGAUGCUAUGGAUUCUCUAAACAAGCCGAGGAUCGAAUGUGGUGAGGUUGGUUAUGAGGAGAAUUUGAACUUGUUCAAGGAAGGGUCUAGGGUGUCGGUUGAUGUCAACGAUUUUUCUCCUAAGCUAACCGAAGGCCGUCCUGAUUUGCUAGAGGGCGUUCUUAGAUUUAUGCCACUUUUUGAAGCAAAAUGUUUGGCCUCUCAUUUUCCAGAUUUGCGAUCUGCAGACGUCGCCAGCAGUGGGGUUGAUGAACAUGAGAAAAGCAGUCCUGAAAAUAUUGAAGAUUGCGAAACAAAAAUUAUUAGGGCAGACGAGUCUGAAGAAAGUGGCUGUAGCCUUAAUGAUGAGGAGGAGGAAACAGUUGCAGACACGGCAAGUGAGACAAACGGAUUUCGAGAGGCCACGGAUUUUGUAAACAAGCUGAGGAUCAAGUGUGGUGCGGACGACUACGAAGAAUUCUUGAAAAUCUUCAGGUUUUAUAAAAAAGGGUCUAGGAACUGGGUUGACGUCUGCAAUUCUGGUCUCGGCCUAACCGAAGGCCAUCCUGAUUUGCAAGAAGAGUUUCUUAGAUUUAUGGCAAUUACUGCAGCAAAGCCAUUGACUCAUCGCCUUCCAGAUUUGCAAUCUUCAGACCUCACCAAAAGUAGGGUUGAUGAGCAGCAGAAAAGGACUCCUGAAAAAAGGAAAGUUUGCCCAAAGACUGAUCAAGAAAGAAAAUUUAUCAUGGCAAAUGGAUCUGGAAGUGUCUCAGAACAGAUUGGAGAAGGAAUUGGCUUCUUAGAGAACGUUAAGAAGAGUCUUUCUUGUGAGGUGAGUUACAAGAAAUUCUUAAAGCUUUUCUUUGCUUACAGCAAGGGAAAAGUUGAAAGGGCAGAAUUAGAAGAUAUGGUUUCCAGUUUGAUUGGAAAUUAUCCUGAUCUGAUGGGCGAGUUCCUUCGAUUCUCGAAGAAUUGUGAGAGUUUAGGUGCACUUGAAGUAAGGGGAUGCAAAGAGAAGAACAAAAGGAGGGAGAGGCGUGGGAAUAAACCGAUUGAAGAACUUGAUCUCUCUACGUGUGCAAAGUGCUCUCCUGGAUAUCUAAUCCUACCUGAAGAACACAGGAACAAUACAAAGAGACAUGAAUCCCAAGUACUGAAUGAUGAGGUAAUAUCCGUGUCUUCAAGACUGCGGGGCAACUCCUUUAAGAACAGGCGUCUAAAUCAGUAUGAAAACAACUUGUUUGAAUGUGAAGAUGAACAAUUUGAGCUGAACAUGUUAUUGGAUUGGUUUAAAUCAGCUGAUAUGUACGCAGAGGAGCUGGGGGGAGUCACUGUCAAAAAUGAAGAGAAAAACGGGAGUCUAAUUAGCUUCCAGAGGUGCAUCGAACGCUUAUAUGGUGAUCAGGGAGUUGAGGUUCUUGACAUAGUCCACAAAGAUACACAGCACGCACUGCCCAUCUUAAGAACGCGCUUGCAACAGAAAAUAGCAGAGCUGACUGAAUAUCGCGACAGUCUAAGAAGUAGCUGGAUUGAAGUAUAUACUAGAAACUAUCACAAAUCACUUGGCCUUCGACGCUGCUGA